UGUCCAAGUUUUGCCAGUCUUGGAACAUAUGACAGCUUUCUUGAAAAGCCUGCCUCAGAGAAAGCAGACACAGCAUCUCAUUUCUCUGUAGACACUGAAGGAUAUUACACCUCCAUGCAUUUUGACUGUGGUCUUAAUGGUAAUAGGAGUUACAUAUGUAACUAUGCACCGCCAGGGACUGAAAAUGAACAGGACACUGGAAUUUCAUCCAUGAGUACAGACAGUGUUUGGCAACAUUAUGUGGAUCACAGAAAACAAGGAAUACAGAACAUGUCAUUUAAAAAACCAAAGGCAAAGCCUCCACCACCAAAACGAUGCUCAUCUUUGAAAAAUUCUGACAACUACACAGAUGUUCUUGAGACGAAAGAACCAAAGAUUACCAGCGCACAACAAGUGCUUCACACCUCCAGGGAAAUGAAAUUGCCACUUGAGACUUCAAAUGCACCCUCUAGAGUGGAAAACCUGUCUCCACCAAAUCAACAGGAUGUUGCUUGGGUCAAUCAGGAUGACCAUGAUGAGAAAAAUACACAAUUUAAUAACCCAGACACUGCAACAUUGAAAGAUGAGGGAAGUGAACAGCCUCACUAUGCAGAUCUAUGGCUACUCAAUGACUUGAAAUCAAGUGAUCCUUAUAGGUCUUUAUCAAAUUCGAGCACUGCUACGGGUACAACCGUCAUAGAAUGCAUUAAGUCACCAGAAAGUUCAGAGUCACAGAACUCACAACCUGAAUCUCGAGCCACCACUCCUUCUCUUCCCUCAGUUGAGAAUGAAUUUAAAUUAGCCUCACCAGAAAAGUUGGCAGGGUUAGCAUCCCCAUCAAGUGGCUAUUCCAGCCAGUCAGAAACACCUACUUCAUCCUUCCCUACACCUUUUUUCUCUGGACCAUUGUCACCUGGAGGUAGUAAGAGAAAACCAAAAGUUCCAGAAAGGAAGUCCUCAUUACAACAUCCUUCAAAGUCUGGCAAUCUUUUCUUAAGUAAAGAACUAGAACUUCCAACUAUACCUCCUAGUCAUCUUGACCUAAGUGCUCUUCAUGUGUUACAUAAACCAUUGCCAUACAGACCACAGGUAACUGCUUUUAGUCAUAGCAAUCAAAAUGUGUCAGAGGAUGAACUCAAUCCAAAUUCUUCUCCAGCCCUUGCCAUAACACCUUCAGUGCUGAAAUCUGUACAUCUGAGAUCUGUCAAUAAGCAUCACAGGGACUCUAGGCAUAAAGAAAGCACUAACAUCCUAUGUACCCAAGAUCCUACAAUAAUUGUGGAUACAUAUCCCCAUGAGAAAACACCUGUAUUAGCACCUAAGAAAUCAAUAAUACAUCAGUUCUCCACUGAAGAAGCAAUGCUUCCAUAUAUUGAUGCAUCACCAGUUGAUACAAGCCCUGAAGCAUUUUUUCAAGCAACUGCCCUUUUUACUGGUCAUGGUUUAUACAAACCUGAAAUGCCACCACCUUUGAUCACUAGAACUAAAGAAGAUGAAACCGAGAAACACCAUAAAUAUCGACCUGAAGAAAUAAUAGAGGAAACUAUUUUCACAGCAAACCCAGAAACAAUAACAAAGUAUGUGCAAGAUUACUCUGUAGAUAGCAUUGAUUUUGCAAAUGAUCAAAAGAGUCAGACUAAAGGGGAAGGGCAAAUUAAAGCAGAGUAUGAGUUACAAAUAAAGUGUGACCCAUUUACAAUGAAAGAACCUGUUAAAGGACUCUACACUGGAUUUGAUGUGCAAGACAAUAUUUCUGAUGUAUCUCAGUUGCCCAGUGAACCUGUCUUAAGCAAGAGUGACAAAGUGCCUGGAAAAACUCUCAGCUUUGAAUCAGAAAUAUUCACUUUAAAUCCACUCAGUGACGACAGUCCAGAGCAGGAAUAUGAAACUGUAUCAGGUAUUCCAACCAAAAGUGCCUCAGAAGAUAGCAGGUCAGAAGAUACAUCAGAAAGUAUGGACGAUUUCUCCUGGAGAGAUUCCUCAGUAAGUGAGGACUCUCUGAUGUCUCCAAUGAGUGAGGAUUCCCAGGCAGACACCGAUGAUGUCUUUGUGUCACCUAACAGGCCCCGUACUACUGAAGAUCUUUUUGCAGCUAUUCACAGAUCUAAACGAAAAGUUCUGGGAAGAAAAGAUUCUGGAGAGACGGCUGUAAAAAACAAAACAAAAGUUGUAGCUGGACAGCCCCAGCAAACAACACCAGGAAGUUCUCAAAGAUCUGCUGGUCUCAUCUACAGAAAUGCCAAAAAGUCAAACACAUCAAAUGAAGAGUUUAAGUUACUGCUCCUUAAGAAGGGCAGCAGAACAGAUACCAGUUACCGUAUGUCAGCUACUGAAAUACUGAAGAGCCCAGUAACUCCGAAGUCACUUGGUGAUUUGCCCCUAGAGUCUACUUCUAGUUUUGAAGAAUCUUUACUAUCAUCACCUGGCAGUGAUGUAUUUUCCCCAGUAUCACCUUGCACUCCUCGAGCCAUGUCAGAAGGAUUUACAUUAAAGACUGCUGCUUCAAGAGUAGGAAGGUCUCGCGUGCCUCCUGUCGCAAGCAGUAGUCGCUACAGUGUCAGGUGUCGACUAUACAAUGCCCCAAUGCAGGCCAUCUCCGAAGGUGAGACAGAAAAUUCAGAUGGCAGUCCUCACGAUGACAGAUCAUCACAAAACUCUACGUAG